AUGUCCAGCUUCAAUGCCGCACCCCGUUUCGAUAGAACAGUCAACAUACACCCAAGUCUACUGCCAUUGUACCGUGGUGCUGCUCCUGUACAAAGAGAACGUCAGGAUGGUGUCAAAGAGACAGGAGUCUCAUUAGCUUUUACUGUACGUGCCUUAGAUGCUGGACCUGUCAUUGACCGGGAGAAAGUCGAAGUUGAUGACAAAAUUAAAGCACCAGAUCUUCUAGCAUUACUAUUUUCUGAAGGUGCUUCUAUUUAUUCAAGGUCUAAACUUCUUGUACACAAACUUCCUUCCAUAUUUGAUGGAUCUCCGAAAGUGAAUGCAGAACCUCAAGAUGAUUCUAAAGUUACCUUGGCUCCAAAGAUAAGUCCGGAAGAAUCUUGGCUAUCCUUUGAUGAAGAAGCUGUAGUUCUAUAUAGUAUGGUCCGUGCAUUUGCAGGUUGGCCAGGAACCCGAGCUAAAGUUUUAGUUGUUGACGUCAAAAAUAGCGACCGUAACACCCUGGAACUUAAAAUCAUCACUACAAGAGUAGGGCCUGAUGAUGAAAUUCAGGGCAAUGAUGUAAAUGACAUUACUUCUGUCGAUGAUGCAUUGGUGUUUCCCCGUGAAGGACGUACUACUCUUGAGGUAUUGGAGGUUCAACUUCCUGGUAAGAAGGUGACAACUGCAGCAGCCUUUUGGAAUGGUUUACGUGGUCAGAAACUGAAGAUACUAUAACUGAGGAGCCAUUUUGUCUUCAUUUCAUUCAUACAUAAAACGGUUCUUUCAAGCAAAUUCCUCAGUUUUUCUUUCUUUCUUU